GAGACGUGGCCGUAGUCGAACCCCUUGUUUCCGUUGGCUGCAGUGUAGAAUGCCAACCGCCCAAUGGCAUCAGAAGCAGCGGCGAGCUCCAUUUCCUCUUUCCCUCGUCGCUUGGCCAUGGAGUCCAACGCCCUGCUCUGGUUCCGGAAGGGGCUGCGGAUCCACGACAACCCCGCCCUGGACUACGCACGCCGGGAAUCGAACAACCUCUUUCCCGUCUUUGUAAUCGACCCCCGUUACCUCCAUCCUGAUUCCUCCGCCUUCUCCCUUGGUUCUACUCGGGCCGGCAUCAACCGCAUCCGCUUCCUUCUCGAGUGUCUCUCCGACCUCGACUCUAGCCUCCGCAGGCUCGGUUCCCGUCUCCUUGUUCUCAGGGGAGACUCUGACCCAGCCUCGGCCAUUUGCAGAAUCGUUAAGGAAUGGAAGAUCCGGAAACUCUGCUUUGAAUAUGACACGGAACCAUAUGGUCAAGAGCUGGACCGAAAAGUUAAGGAUUUUGCCUCAAAACACGGAAUCGAAGUGUUCUGUCCAGUUAGCCAUACCCUUUUCAAUCCAGCGGAUGUGAUAGGGAAGAAUGGAGGAAAACCACCUUUGACAUAUCAAUCAUUUAUAGCACUUGCGGGGAAACCUGAGGGCCCACUUGAAGUGACAUACUCCGAGCUUCCUCCUGUGGGAAAUGUUGGAGAAUCUGAAUUGCUUACUGUUCCAACAAUUGAGGAACUUGGCUACAAGGAAAUGAUAGAGGAAGAGUUUCCUCCAUUUCGAGGCGGUGAAUCAGAGGCUCUUCGGAGACUUAAGGAAGUUCUUAAAGACAAGGAAUGGAUAGCAAAUUUUGAGAAACCAAAGGGUGAUCCAUCUGCCUUUCUGAAGCCAGCAACCACUGUUUUGUCCCCGUAUCUGAAAUUUGGUUGUCUUUCUUCAAGGUACUUUUAUCAACGCCUUCACAAUGUCUACCAAAUUGUUGGGAAGCACACAUCCCCUCCAGUUUCACUUCUUGGUCAGUUACUAUGGCGUGAAUUUUUCUACACGGUGGCCUUUGGAACUCCAAAUUUUGAUCAGAUGAUUGGAAAUAAGAUAUGCAAACAGGUUCCUUGGAGAGAAGACGAAGCUUUGCUUGUAGCUUGGAGAGAGGGCAGGACUGGAUAUCCCUGGAUUGAUGCCAUUAUGAUACAGCUUAAGAAGUGGGGAUGGAUGCACCAUCUGGCGCGGCAUUCUGUUGCGUGUUUCUUAACACGUGGUGAUCUGUUUAUCCAUUGGGAAAAAGGGCGUGAUGUUUUUGAGAGAUUACUUCUUGAUUCGGAUUGGGCAAUUAACAACGGUAAUUGGUUAUGGCUUUCUAGUUCAGCCUUUUUUAACCAGUAUUACCGUAUCUACUCUCCAAUAUCUUUUGGGAAGAAGUAUGAUCCUGACGGAAAAUAUAUUCGACAUUUUAUCCCCGUGCUAAAAGAUAUACCAAAUGAAUAUGUUUAUGAGCCUUGGACAGCUCCUUUGAGCGUCCAAAGGAAAGCAAACUGCAUAAUUGGAAAAGACUAUCCAAGGCCAGUGGUCUCCCAUGAUACUGCGAGCAAGGAAUGCAAGAAAAAGAUGGGGGAAGUGUACGCCAAGGACCGGUCUAUGAAAAGUUGCAAAAAAGAAUCUUCUAAAUCCGCAACGUUGCGGAAAAGAAAAAAAUAAUAACUAAAGCUCAGUGAAAACGUUGAUAUUUAUGGUUUUCCAGCUAUUGAAGGAGACUUUCCUGGCUUGCCAUGAUCGCUGGAUUUAUCAACAAUGGGCGACCCAAGGAUGCUGGCUCUGUUUUGCUCCAAGGACUGAAAAAUGAUGAAUCUUGAUCAAAUUACGCUUGAAGCUAUGUAUAGAUAUCCACAACUAUAUCAUUGAUAAGGCCAUUGAAUUGAACUUGACUCUCUACGACUCUCUUCUGAACAUGUCAAGUGCGGGCAGAUUGCUAUUACCGAUAAGUUGUUCGAUGGAAUGACUAAAAAGUACUCCAUCUCAUGGAACAUUCUGAUACUUGGGCUUCUGGAAAAUGGGAACUUUGCGGAGGGCAUCAGGUUAUUUUCAGAGAUGAAAUCAAGGGACGUAAAGGUGAACGAAGCAGCCAUUCUCAUCUUAUUUAUUGUCCUCUUGUGGACUGCAAUGAUCUUAGGACUAGCCAUUCAUGGGCAUGGCAAAGAGGCUAUGGAAGUUUUUGGCCGAACGAAAGCUGCUGGGGAAGAUUCGGCAGAACCCAACUCGAUCACAUUCUUAAAUGCUCUAUCCGCAUGCUAUAUAUAGCAAUUCACCAAAGGAACUAAAGAGAACCAUAGUUUGACUGUAAAAUGCCUAAACUCAAGUGACAAAUGUUGUA